GUCUUCCUCUCUGAGAAUAAAUGUCUGAAAAUGAAACGCGUCUCAGGGCUCUGGCAACGUUCCUGCAAAAACAAGAUGGAGUCUAAGGUGAUCGAGGUGGCGACUCUUGGCCGACCAUUCAGCCUUGGGAUGCUGUACGACUGCAGAGAGGACACAGUCAUUCCUGGAUUAACACUGUGGAACCCUGAUGACCUGGAAAAAGACAAAAGAGAAACCCCCAAACCAAACAGUUGCUUUGAAAUAGUUGCAUCUGAAUCAAUUGAGGACAAAUCUUCAGCCCUGGACGUUGAAGCAUCUUUAAAAGCAAGUUUUUUAGGAGGACUAGUUAAAGUCGAAGGAUCUGCCAAAUACCUGAAUGAUCAGGUGACAUCCAAAAAUCAAGCCAGAGUAACACUGAAGUACAAAGCUUCUACAAAGUUUGAAGAAUUGUCAAUGAAUCAUCUAGGAAGAGGCAACGUGAAGCACCCAUAUGUGUUUGAGAACAGAAUAGCAACACAUGUGGUUACAGGCAUUCUUUAUGGAGCUCAAGCAUUUUUUGUCUUUGACCAAGAAAAAUCUGAGACAGAAAGUCACCAAGACAUUCGGGGCAACUUGAAAGUUUUGAUUGAGAAGAUUCCGUGCCUAUCAAUUGAAGGUAAAGGUUCCUUACACCUGGAAGAUAAGGACUCUGAAAAAAUAAAGAAAUUCUCUUGCAAAUUUCAUGGGGAUUUCCUCCUCGAGAAAACUCCAACAACCUUUCAGGAUGCAGUAGAAAUCUAUCAAAACCUUCCUAAGCUGCUGGGAGCCAAUGGAGAAAAUGCAGUACCAAUCAAGGUCUGGAUGUUACCUCUGACAAACUUAGAUUCUUCUGCGGCUAAACUUGUCCGGGAAAUAAGUGUAGGAUUAGUUCAAGAAGUACAAAGUGUCCUUGAGGAGUUCAGUGAGCUGGAAAUAAGGUGCAACGAUACCAUGAAAAACAAUACAGCACAGCAGUUUCCACAGAUUAACAGAAAACUUAAAAGUUUUAAAAGUUUGUGCUCUGAGUUCAGGCUUGGAUUUCAGCAAACAUUAGCAAAGAAGCUUCCAUCAAUCCGAGGAGGAGGAGAAGAAGAGUCUGAGCUUGCAGAGAUCUUGAAGAAGAAGGCUUCCUCACCUUUCAAUAGCAAAACCCUCAACGAGUGGAUGGACUGCAAAGAGAGAGAAAUAAACAUCCUGAAAUCUUUCACCAAGAUGAUGAAAAACACCAAAAUCAUCCCGUCUCGAAAUACCCUUGAUGAGGAACUUCUCACUGCAGAGCAUGCUGUGUGCUUCGUCUUCACCUCUCUGGAAAGAGAUGAACCAUACCUCUCCGCUUUGCAGAACUACCUCAAAAGCAGAAAUCAGACAGAUGAUUCACACACGAAUGACGUUGAGAAGGAUCAAUGGUAUCUCUCUAACAAUGUGGCCGAUGAGAUGAGAACAAAUGUAAAACUCUUCAGUGAUUUUGCAGAGGCCAACAGCGAGACCAAAGGCACAACAUUCCUAACAGUAGCUUUAGCAGAUGAGAAACAUGAAGGUUCAACCAUUUACCUUUAUAAAGAUGGCUCCCCUGUCAGUAAGAACUUUGAGCCACCGUCCAAGCCGGAAACUGUGACAGAAGCUGACAUAAACCACAACAGUGUGACUUUGAACAUUUCUCCUCCCUUACAUGGAGCAGAGAACAUCACCUCCUACUCUGUUGAGUACCGUGUCAGAGGACAAGAUGAAUGGAAACAAAAGACUGAACCAAAAUCUGCACAACUCACAGUGAACAACCUGAAGCCAAACACAGAGUAUGAGUUCAAAUGCAGAGCAAUUACCUCAGCAGGUGUUGGACCGGCCAAUAUCCUUAAUUAUCCAAUUAAAACUUUACCCUGCAGUCCUCCUGGAGAACCUCAAUGUGAACCAAACUCAUCUGAGCUAUCGGUUAGUUGGGAGGAACCUGCUGAGCUCGGUCCAGAUGUCCAGAUACUGAGUUACAUUGUGGAAUAUGCAAGCACUGCCGAUAAGGGAAAGGUAGAAAACCUCAGUUGGAGCAAAACAAGAUCAAGAGGUGAAAAAGUCAUAAUUUCAGGUCUUCAGUCAGAAACACAGUAUGCAGUCAGGGUCUUAUGUGAUUGUGGUGGGGCCGGCAGAAGCAAGGGAAGCAAGAUUGUUCAAAUUCAUACAACGAGGCGAGAAUUUGCACGACUGGCUGAACAUCUAAAAGAUAUCAGUAAGAGAACAAACUCAAGACCGGGAUCAGUCUAUGAACUCCCUCUGAAAGAGGACGACUUGGACAUAGAUGGCUGCCGAAGGUACCUGUUGGGUAAAGAAAGUCUAAGACCCAACCGUACAAUCAUGCUCCUAGGAGCAACUGGAGCAGGAAAGUCCACUCUCAUCAAUGGAAUGAUCAACUACAUUGUUGGAGUCGAGUGGAAAGACAGCUUCAGAUUUAAACUUAUCAAGGAAGAUUCAUCAAGGUCUCAAGCUCACAGUCAGACCUCUGAGGUCUCUGUGUAUCAAAUCAACCACCAGGAUGGGUUCCAAAUCCCUUAUUCUCUCACUGUUAUCGAUACACCAGGCUUUGGAGAUACCAGGGGAGUAGAACGAGAUCAAGAGAUUACAGAGCAGAUCCGAAGGAUUUUUACCUCUGCUGACGGAGUCACAGAGAUUGAUGCCGUGUGCUUUGUUACUCAGGCCUCUCUGGGGCGUCUGACAGCAAUACAGAAGUACGUGUUUGACUCAGUUCUCUCAAUCUUCGGUAAAGAUGUGGCAGAGAACAUUAUCAUGCUGGUCACAUUUGCAGAUGGGAAGCAGCCACCAGUUCUUGAAGCGAUAAAUGUCUCUGGAGUUCCAUGUCCCAAAAAUGAUUUGGGAUUUCCAGUUCAUUUCAAGUUCAACAACUCUGCACUGUUUGCACAGAAUAAACAGCAAGGGGACAGUACUGUUGAUGAGGAUUCUGAUGAAGAGGGGGAGAGCUUUGAUGAAAUGUUUUGGAAAAUGGGAAUCAGAAGCAUGGAGAAGUUCUUCACAUCUUUGGGCAAAAUGACAUCUAAAAGCCUGUUGAUGACCAAGGAAGUUUUAAAACAGCGAAAGCAACUUGAGACAGUCAUUGAAGGUUUGCAGCCACAAGUCAAAGCUGGAUUAGCCAAACUUGAAGAAAUAAAAACAACCAAAGAAAAGAUCAAGGAGCAUGAAGCCAUCAUAACUUCAAAUGAAAACUUUGAGAUUGAAGUGGAUGUUAUUAAGCCAAUCCAAAUACCAAUCACUGAGAAGGGAGCGUACAUCACCAACUGUCAGAGGUGUAACAUAACUUGCCACUACCCAUGUAUGAUAGCAAACGACAACAAGAAGCAGGGCUGUGCAGCAAUGGAUCAAACAGGGAUGUGCACCGUAUGUCCUGGAAAAUGCAUUUGGAAUGUGCAUUCAAAUCAAACAUACAGGUGGGAUUAUGUCCAAACAAAGGAGAAGAAGACAGUACCAGAACUGAAAAGCAAGUAUGAAAAAGCUGCAAAACAAAAGCUGACUACUGAGCAACUGAUUGAGAGGCAAGAGGAAGAGAUUGCUCACCUUCAAGACCUAAUGAUUUCCCUCAUUGAUCAGUCAGCCAAUUGCAUCACUCGUCUUCAAGAGAUUUCUCUCAGGCCGAAUCCUCUGGCUGCUCCAGAUUACAUCGACAUGAUGAUCAAAGGAGAGGAAGCAGAGGCCAAACCGGGCUACAAGGCCAGAAUCAAGUCUCUGGAGGGAAUGAAGGAGAAGGCCAAACUCAUGUCCAAAGUGUCUCAACGAGACCAAUUAACAAAAACAGACGAGCAACUUUCUGCUGAGAGACAGAAGAGAAAGGAAGGAAAAGGCUUUUUAAAGAAAGUGGCAAAUUUCUUUGGAUAUUGA